CAGAGAGAUGGAUGGAGGGGGAGGGGCAGCGUGGGGACGCGCCGUGCCAGGCUCUGCCCUCGAUUGCUAAGGCUUGGCUACCAAAAAAAAGGGGGGGGCGAUAUCGAAUUAAUGUUGCCAAUGGCUCAGCCCAGCAGCGCGCGGGACUGCUAACCUGAUCCGUCCCAGGGCGACGUCAUUUCCCCCCCCCAAAAAAAGAAGAAGGCUGCUUUUACUUUUCAUUUAUUUAUUUUCUGCCCAUUUCCAUCAGCCCCCCCAACAAAAAAUUGGAUCAAAGGGGAGGAGCAGAAGCAGGAGCGAAAGAGAGCUGCUCCCCCCUCACCUCCCAGCACCACCCCCCCUAAAAAGAGAAGGGGAGAUUCCGCAGAGAUCUGUGAGACUUCCUCGUGCAAAACGAUGUUCCAGACAUUAUGCAAUUACUUUUGGUGGGACCGGCUCUGGUUGCCGUCCAACAUCACCUGGGCAGACGUCGAAGUCAGCGAUGGCCGCGUGGCCCCAAAGUCCAGCGACUUGUAUAUCACCAUCCCUCUAGCGUUUGUCUUCCUCAUCAUCAGGCACCUCUUUGAAAUAUACGUGGCAACUCCGCUAGCAGGUCUUUUGAACGUCAAGGAGAAAGUGCGGUUAAAAGCGACUCCGAAUCCCGUCCUAGAGAAAUUUUAUACGACGUCCUGUAAACACCCCAAACAGGCAGACAUCGAGGGCCUCUCAAAGAAAAGCGGCUGCAGCCCCCGGCAGGUCGAGCGCUGGUUCCGCCGGCGGCGCAAUCAGGACCGGCCCAGCUUGCUCAAGAAAUUUCGGGAGGCCAGUUGGAGAUUCACCUUUUACCUUCUUGCUUUCAUUGCUGGCACGGCCGUCAUAGCUGACAAACCUUGGUUCUACAACCUCAGGCUAGUUUGGGAAGGAUACCCUACGCAGAACCUGCUGCCGUCCCAGUACUGGUAUUACAUGAUUGAGCUUUCGUUUUACUGGUCCCUGUUGUUCAGCAUCGCCUCGGACGUGAAGCGGAAGGACUUCAAGGAACAGGUCAUCCACCACGUAGCGACCAUCGUCCUGAUUAGCUUCUCCUGGUACACCAACUACAUCCGGGCCGGGACUCUCAUCAUGGCCUUGCACGACUCCUCGGACUACUUGCUGGAGUCAGCGAAAAUGUUCAACUACGCAGGCUGGAAGAACAUGUCCAACAACAUCUUCAUCGUCUUCGCCACCAUCUUCAUCGUCACGCGACUCAUCAUCCUCCCGUUCUGGAUUCUGCAUUGCACCAUGGUGUACCCCUUGGAAAUGUACCCAGCUUUCUUCGGCUACUAUUUCUUCAACCUCAUGAUGGUGAUUUUGCAGUCCCUGCACAUAUUUUGGGCGUACCUCAUUAUCCGGAUGGCCCAGAAAUUCAUAACUGGAAAGGUGGUGGAGGACGAGCGAAGCGAUCGUGACGAGACGGACAACACCGGGGAGGAGGAGUUGGAAGAGGAGAGUGCUGCCUCAGUUGCCCCCUCGGCAGCACCCACAAAGAACGGCCCCCUAUGCAACGGGCACCCGGUCUUGAACAAUAACCACCGGGUGAAAGCCGACUGAUCGCUCGAUGUCCAUUUUCGGUACCCAUGCCUCCUCCGCUUCCAGCUUGCAGGGGGGACCCCCGUCUGCCGCCAGAGCCCAGAUCUUUAUUUUCAUUUUUGAAGCCAAAAAACAACAACAACCCUUCCUCCAGGGAGCUGCAGCCGGAAGCACAGCCCCCUGCCUCCCCACCAGCUCCUCUCUCCAUCCUUGGCCCCUCCAAGUACCUGAAGAAGCCCUGGAUUCAUUUCAAGAGGGGACCCCGAGACACUCGCCACUUUUCCUUGGGGCAAAGUUGAGCGGCCCAUCUCUCCAGGCAGGAGCUGAGAACUGUGCUCAUUUUUCUCUCCCAUCAUCCUUUAGGGGAAGAACGGCAGAGUGGGGGAGCGUGGUUGCCCUUGACUCUUUGAGCCCCUGCCCGAAAUCCAUCUUGGAAAGCAGCCCUGAGACCCCUCACAUGUUGCCAACCCCACCCCACCCCACCCCACCAAUUAGGCACCCAAGAAGGCGGGCAAGCAAAGAGCAACUUAUUCUCCCAACCAUCUUUCCACCCCAGAAACGUUUUUUUCUUCCAAGCACAUUCGAAAGGAACCAACACUUGCGGGGAAAGUACUCCACUUGUCAAGUUUCUAGUCCUCAUCGAGGCCUCUUCCCCUUUCCCCAUGCCAAAGGCCCUCCUACCUGCAAACAUGUCAGGAAAGCUGGGCUCUGCUCUCAAGCCUCCUUUCCCCGACCCCCCAGAUCUGCUAUAUCUUACACCAUGGGCCCAAAUGUUUUCUUUCCACAAGUAAUCCUUUUUGUGUGUGUGUGUGUGAAAUAUUUUGGGUACAAGCAGGUGGGGUAUAGCAGAGGGUAAGAUUGCGGGUUCCGCUCCAGUCCCCCUUCGCCGCUUACGAGGACAAUCCCUGCGCCUUCGCUCUGCCAGAGUUGGGAAACGGAGUCAAGCAGGCGCCGUCAGUGCGGUGCUAUGGUUCCCAUCUCCUUUGAGCACAUCUACCCACUGUGUCUUGAUACCUUCUUAAAAACCAGGCCAGGAGUCCACCACCGGUCCUGCCUUAACUCCAAAGCCUUUCGAUAUCCAUUUUUGGUUAUCGUAGAAGCCAUAUUACUCCUUUGCAAAGACUGGCUCUGUUUUCUUAGCUGCAAUGAAACAAACGGUGAGAGGGAGAUCGAUAUAUGCAUCUUCUAAUCCUCAAGGUAUGCCCAGUGGGGCCCCCCUCACUUGUAAGGCCCUGGAGUUUUGACCACUGCCUUUACCACCCCCCAGCCCGAUAGGAAGAGGUUUUUUAAUGGCCAAAAAAAGAAGUAUUAAAGAAGUGAUUGGAUUAUGGUGACUCCACAGGGGAGGGAAUCACAGGUAGAGGGUUUUAUUUUUUGGAGAUAAUGUUCAGGUGAGAUCACGGAGGGAGCAGUUACUCACCUUUUCUCCUGGGUACUUUAGUUUGUUUGGGGGUGGGGGAGAUGUUUCGGCAAGCAAAUUCAGAUAGGUCAAGGAUGCCAGCAGGCUGAAAACUCAGUGAUGGUCUUUUUUAAAAAAAGCUUUCUCUAAACUGCACCACCUUCCUCCUGCAGAGAAUUUAAUUCAAGGCACACUACUUCACUUUAUUCCCCUGCAUUCCUUCUCUUAGGAAUGUAAUACUUUCCUUUUGCCCCCAAUUCCACGAUCCUUUUCUUAUCCUAUAAAAAAAAAACGCACCACCCACAGAGGUACACCCACUUUUCUGUAGUCUACUUGCCUUUCACACUCCCAGAGGGGGAGACGCUCAUUUUUGUUUUAAUUUAUUAGAUACGGUUUUUCAAGCACCAAAAUGAGAAAAAUCUUUUGGCUUCAGCUGGAAUAAAAACUCCAGAGAAAGUUUUGAAGAAUAGCUGCUCUACCUGUAGGAUCAAAUUGCAAUUAUUCUUUCCCUAGCCUAGCCUUAGGGCAUUUUUUGGGGGGGGGGGAGAUUUACAGAAAGGACCAUUAACCUAUCUUCAGACCAAAAUGUGCAGUUUUUUUAAAGAAAAAAAAGUUAAAAUAUAUUAAAACCUAAAUAAGACUAAUAAAUUUCUGUUAAAAAAAUAAUUCUGGUGAUUGGAUUGCCUUUGGGAAAGUUCACACAACAAAGGGUGCUUUUAAAUGGCACAACGGUGUUUGCAAACACUUCCAGCAUAAAUUAGUGGAGCAAUUCCUAGUGCCAAUCCUGCAGGGGGGGCAUGUGGCCAUUUGUUUUGGGAUUGCUUUGGAAAACAGUUGGGGUGAGACGGGAGAAGCGAAAGAUUUACUCCUGUUGACUAUGCCUAAUGAGAACGUACUUACCUUGGAAGAUACUCUGGAACAAAUCCAAAAAUCGCAGAAUGCACUUCUAAAAAGGCUGCUGUCCAUUAAAAUCUUUAUAACUAGCAUCGCCUCUACAGCACUGUUAGAAUUUAAUUAUCCAAGUAACUCCUCAAAACCUCUGACCAAUGAAGAAUGGUUAAAAUGCUUAUAUCUGUCGCCUCACGAACUGGGUACCCCCACCCCCACACCAAGUCUCCAAACCAAAAAGCAUCAAGUUGAAUUAGUGACCCCAAGCACGAGGAAUGGUUCAAUUUUUACAGAUAAACAUGGUCUACUGGAUUCUAUCCACACGAGAGAAUGACACACACUGAAGCAUAGUCAACAAAACAGUGGACUGAGUAAUCAUUCCACAAUUGCAGCGGAAACCAACUCGCCAAGAUCAGUUGAUACGCCAAAAACAGAUACAACGUAUAGCACACUUACAGUACCUCCCAGAAUGAUAUGCCCAUUCGUGGUCUCAUCAUACGACCAUGCGAUGGACAUGGUUGGAGAUACUCCAGCCACCACGACACCCACUAUUCCAAACCAUAACUUGACCCUUAUCUCCUGGAACAUUGCAGGAUGGGGAUCAAAGAGUAAAGACCCCCUCCUCAUGGACUUUCUAAUUACUUAUGACAUCAUUUUUAUCCAAGAAUCCUGGUCACUAGGAGAGUUACAACUUGAAAACUACCAAUCCUAUGUAACACAUGCGUCACCAAGCCAAAGAGGAGGAAGACCAAAAGGGGGUAGUGCCUCAUUAAUUUCAAUGCAUAUACAGGCAAAUAUUACACAGCUUCCGUACCACGCAGAUUGGGUGGUGGCGGUCUACUUGGACAUCCACAGCUUUAGGCUGAUGUGUAUAAAUCUUUAUCUACCUCCCAACCGAUUACAUGCACAAGUUGAACAACAAUGGAAAGAAGUAGAAGCCUAUAUUGAAUUGUGUCGAAACCUUUACCCGUCAGCAAUGAUAGUAAUAGCAGGGGACCUUAAUGCCAGGGUAGGUCAGUGUGAUGCAGACCUCUUUACGCACUUCCAUCUCUUUCCACUGGAUUCGGAAAUUAUCUCACCACUCCCUCUCAGGUCUUUGGAUAAGACCUCUAAUCUGGGAGGUUUACAUCUCAUACAAACGGCAAUUAGACAAAAUCUACAUAUUUUAAACGGCUCAGCACAAGGUGAUUACCCAGGACAAUUUACUUUCUGGUCAGGGCAAAAGCUCUCUGUUAUAGACUACUGUGUUAUCUCUCAAGAGCUGAUUACCCUGAUCAAUGAGUUUAGAGUAAUCCCAAGAUCGGAAAGUGAUCAUUUACCAAUAACCCUUCAUUGUACUCUACCCCCAAGCCAUCCACCAUUACAACCCAGACACCGGGCGAGUUUAACGACCGAUG